AAAAAGGCAUCACCACCAUUACCACCACCCCCAAAAUUCCCAAAGCAAAGAAGGACAACCCCAGAAAGGACUCACUUUGCCUGAUGACUCAACGCAACUAAUAAUCAUUUGUCUCCUCUCUGGCGAAUCCCUCGUGUUGCUGCUGCUGCUGCUGCUGCCGCCGCCGCGGCUGCUUAUGCUGGCUAGAAAAAGGAGAGAUUGAAAGUGACACAUCGGGCGCAGCUCGCGGCUUACCGAGAUCAGAGCACCGGCUUCUGCUGCCGCUACCGCCGCUAGUCCGAUAGAGUGUCCCCCUUCGGAAACAGCCUCUCCACCCCUUUGCUUCCCCCUCCCCCUCAUUUCUUUCCCCCCUUUUUGCCGAAGGGCUGAGAAACCGCCCCCCGUCCCCCCCGCCUCCUUCCCUCCCGAUCCCAGAAGUCUCACCUCUCUUUUCCAGUUACCACCUCGGGUGCCCUUUUAGGAAGAGCUCUUUCCUCAAAGCAUCAAGCCAUUUCAGGCGCAAGACGACCAGGCAUCCUAAUUCGGGAACGAAAAAAAGGGGAAAAAUAAGAGCCCCCCCCCGAAAAAAAACUUAAGGCGCCAGUGGGGGUGGGGUACUGGGCAGAAGCGAAAAAGGCAAAGAAGAAAAUAACAUAGCAAGAGGAGCCAAGAAAACUUUUCAUCCUGGAUUCUCUACUUUUGAUCCAUGGACAGAGCCCAAGUCAGCCAAGUUACGGACAGAGUAUAAGCAGUCCUUGCUCAUUUUAUUGUGACCUGCCUGUGGGAACGUUGUCUCCAACUCAAAGUAAUAUGGAUCGGAGAAGUGAAAGUCCCUGCCUAAGGGAUAGCCCAGAGAGAGGGAGCGGCAGCCCUGAUGUCAAAGGUCCUCCCCCGGUGAAGGUGGCCAGGCUUGAACAGAAUGGCAGCCCUAUGGGAGCCAGAGGGAGGCUCAAUGGUUCUGUCACCAAAUCAGUGGGAGGUUUGAUGAUCCCCGUCUUUUGUGUCGUGGAACAACUGGACACUUCUCUUGAAUAUGAUAAUCGAGAAGAACAUGCAGAGUUUGUUCUGGUUCGUAAAGAUGUGCUUUUUAGUCAGCUAGUGGAGACUGCGCUCCUGGCUCUUGGUUAUUCUCACAGCUCUGCAGCUCAGGCACAAGGAAUAAUCAAACUUGGGAAAUGGAAUCCUCUUCCUUUAACUUAUAUGACAGAUGCACCUGAUGCAACUGUAGCUGACAUGUUACAAGACGUCUAUCAUGUUGUGACACUGAAAAUUCAAUUACAAAGUUGUUCAAAGCUAGAAGAUUUGCCAGCAGAACAGUGGAAUCAUGCCACAGUCCGCAAUGCCUUAAAGGAAUUGCUCAAAGAGAUGAAUCAGAGCACGUUAGCCAAAGAAUGCCCUCUCUCCCAGAGUAUGAUAUCAUCCAUUGUAAAUAGCACGUAUUAUGCAAAUGUGUCAGCUACUAAGUGCCAGGAAUUUGGAAGAUGGUAUAAAAAGUACAAGAAAAUUAAAGUGGAACGAGUUGAAAGAGACAACCUGUCAGAAUAUUGUGUUCUUGGUCAACGUCCCAUGCACUUACCGAAUAUCAACCAGCUGGCAACUUUGGGCAAAACAAAUGAACAAUCUCCUCAUGGUCAAAUUCACCACAGUACUCCAAUCAGAAACCAAGUGCCAACAUUACAACCAAUCAUGAGCCCUGGUCUUCUUACACCUCAACUCAGCCCACAGCUUGUAAGGCAGCAAAUAGCAAUGGCCCAUUUGAUAAACCAACAGAUUGCAGUAAGUCGGCUCCUGGCUCAUCAGCAUCCACAGGCAAUUAAUCAACAGUUUCUAAAUCAUCCACCUAUCCCUAGAACAGUCAAACCAGAACCAACAAAUUCAUCAGUGGAAGUAUCUCCAGAUAUCUACCAGCAAGUCAGGGAUGAACUGAAAAGGGCCAGUGUCUCCCAGGCGGUCUUUGCAAGAGUGGCUUUCAAUCGCACGCAGGGAUUGCUAUCAGAGAUACUGCGUAAAGAAGAAGACCCUAGAACAGCUUCCCAAUCCCUCCUGGUAAAUCUGAGGGCAAUGCAGAAUUUCCUCAACCUACCUGAGACAGAGCGAGAUCGUAUAUAUCAGGAUGAGAGAGAGAGGAGUAUGAACCCCAAUGUGAGCAUGGUGUCUUCAGCUGCCAGCAGUCCAAGUUCCUCCAGAACCCCCCAGGCCAAAACCUCAACACCGACAACAGACCUCCCCAUUAAGGUGGAUGGAGCCAACAUCAACAUCACAGCUGCCAUUUAUGACGAGAUCCAACAGGAGAUGAAAAGGGCCAAAGUGUCUCAGGCUCUGUUCGCCAAAGUAGCUGCCAACAAAAGUCAGGGUUGGCUGUGUGAGUUGUUACGUUGGAAAGAAAACCCAAGCCCCGAAAAUCGAACACUUUGGGAAAAUCUGUGCACCAUUCGGCGAUUCCUGAAUCUUCCCCAACAUGAGAGGGAUCUCAUCUAUGAAGAAGAAUCUCGGCAUCAUCACAGCGAACGUAUGCAGCAUGUUGUCCAACUUACUCCUGAGCCUGUACAGGUACUUCAUAGACAGCAAUCUCAGCCAGCAAAGGAAAACUCCCCACCAAGAGAAGAGGCUCCACCCCCGUCUGCAGAAGAUGCAUCUACAAAAAAGCCAAGAUCCCGUACUAAGAUUUCAUUAGAGGCUUUGGGUAUCCUUCAGAGUUUCAUCCAUGACGUUGGCCUUUAUCCAGACCAGGAGGCCAUCCACACUUUAUCUGCCCAGUUGGAUCUGCCCAAGCACACCAUCAUCAAAUUCUUCCAGAACCAGCGUUACCAUGUAAAGCAUCAUGGGAAACUAAAAGAGCAUUUAGGUACAGUGGUGGAUGUAGCAGAGUAUAAAGAUGAAGAGCUGCUGACUGAGUCAGAGGAGAAUGACAGUGAGGAGGGUUCUGAGGAAAUGUACAAAGUGGAAACUGAAGAAGAGAAUUCAGAAAAAAACAAAGCAACUACUUCAGAGACUGAGCAGAGAUAAUGUGAAAAUAUCACAGGCAAAGCAAUACAUGGUUCCAAUAUUUUUUUUUGCUUCUUUCAGAAAAAAAAAAGUGUUUUGGAAUUUUCCAGCGUGCAUAGAAUACGUGCAAAUUGAACAAUUAUUUUGCAUAGUUCAGACAUUCCCUUGUAACAGGCACUUGAGUGUUACACUUUUUUAUGUUUUAUUGAGACAGUUAAUUGUAAUUCACAUAGGAUUACAUCAUUAUUAAUCUUGCACUUACGAAAGGAUCCUCUAGUAAGCAAGUUACAGGAAGAAACAACUUAUGAAGGAAACAAUAACAGUGUGCAGGUGUGUGGUGUGUAUAUAAUAUGCACCAUAUGUAAGUGGAUUUUAUAUAUAUAUACACACACACACACACACACACACACACACAUAUACAUAUAUAUGAAAUCUGCAUGGGAUGUAACUAAACUUUACAAUCAGAAAGUAUAGACUGUGAAAUCAGCUCGUUAAAAGAUGAGUCUUGUUUAUAUAAACCACUUCACAAUGAGUCGCUUUGGCUUUUAGAUAAAUUGCUGCCUGCUCUCAGGGUGUGGUUACUGUUUUGAAUAUCUAUUUAUUUUCUAUGUUUAUCCCUGAUUUUUUAAAUUAUUAGUAUGGCUUCCACUUUGGCAGCUUGAGGGGUAAUUUUUUGAGGUAUGCAUUUUAAAAAUCCUAAAUCAACACUGCCAGAAAUAAUAAAACAGGGAGUGAGAAGAUGAGGGACAAAAUCAGGGCACCUUAAAAAUAAUUUUAAGCCAAGUAACUUCUAAACAAACUUUAGUACACAAUGCACAUUUAAAUUCACAGAGCAUGUUUUGUUCUAUAUUAUUUCUGUAGCAAACAGAUGGAUUUUCAUGGACUUUUCAGUGAAAGUUCGGUGCACAGUAGACUUGUCUCUUAAUGAAGUCUUCAUGAGCAGUUGCUUUACAAGAUUUAUUGUGUGGAUUUUUAUAUUGAGCCACAGUUUAUAGUGGUAUUGUUUUUCAAAUGCGCAAAUCAUCUACAUUGUUGUUGCACCACUUUUUAUUAAUUUCAGUGAGACUUGUGCAGCUACAGUUCUUGCUCCUUUAGUUUUUGUCUGAUAUUGAUGUUAGGAAAAUUGUUGUUUAUAUAUGUUGAUGUUGCUUUUCAACAAAGAUUUUUCAAAUGAUUUUAAAAAAAAAAAAACGAAUCACAGUUAUUUUGGGCAUGUUUGACAUAUUAGUCAGUCAAAGAGUCUGAUAGUUCUCCAGCGCUGAAUUUCCUUUUGUACCUCUUUCAUUUUUGUUUUAUUAUUGCUGUACUACAUUUGGAGCCUUGUGCAUAAGGCUCAUUAUCUCAGUAAGACAAAACUUUCAGCCUGCAGUGUCCCAAGGUAUGAUUUUCAUGUAAUGCGUGGCAAAGUUUGUGGGAACAAAUGUUCUAAACUUGCUGCACUUCUAGGCAGUGAGAAAUAGCCAAGCAGUUUCUAUUUAGUCACUUCCUUGACUCUAACAGAAACCUUUUCCCAGUGACCUAGCAUAGCAAUUCCAUUACAUAAAGCAGAACUAAUGCUGACUGACUCUUCAAUAGUAUAAGCAUUAAAGCUGCAAUCUACUAUAGUUUCCAACCAAUUUUUGAAGCCAUGGUUCUGAUACAAGCAGUGUUCAGUUCCUUGUCCACAUUAUAUUUUUGAAAGGGUUCUAUGACUUUCUAAUGGGUCUAGGUUGCUUUGCGGACUUCUAACUUUUUUCUUGACAUGUGCUUUGUAACUUUUAACAAAGACCUCAUGCAAUAUCACUUGGAAAGCUAUUUUAUUUCUUGCACAGGCGUUGUAAUAUAUAACUGUUAAUACUAUUUAUAUAUUUGAAAGGUAUAAAAGGCAGUCAUUAAAGCAAACCUCUGUAUAGAUAUUACUCAAAGCAUUAACAAUGUAACAGGGAGAUGACGCGUUGCAAUACAAGCUAAUUUUAGCUGCUCAGUAACCUCUAAAGUUUUUUUAAAGGGGCUUCUCCAAAAUCAGUAUUUGACAUCAACAAAUCUGUAGCUGUGUCCAUUUUCUAUAUCCUUAAAAAAUGUUGGCUUGCUAACUCUUCAUACUUUAUUUCUGUAGUAUGCUGCAGCUUUAAUCAACAUUUCAGAAGGCGCUGGUUUAUGUUUUCCUUCAAAUUAUCUUUUCAGAUUCUUCUCUGAAACACUCUUGCUGAAAUCAGUACAUAUAUGUAAUAUUGGUCAAUCUUUCAUAAGGUUAUUCAUCUCUUUGACGGCAUCAGCAUUGGUGUUUUUUUUAAAAAAACAACAACACUUCAACCAAAAAUUUAGUAGGUAUUUUUUUCAAUGCUGAAUCUUGCCUUUUUAUUUUAAAUUUCACUGUCAAUUUUGCAGUGAUUCUUUUAAGUGAAUCUGUGGGCAUUUUCGCCUGUGGUCUUGCCAGAACUUUAGCGAAUUACAAUGCAUAUAUGUCUAUUUAUUCAAUAUUCAUCAUAUUAUAUCUAUUUGGAAAAAGAAUUUUUUCUUGUAGUGCCUCUUAACAAAGCACAAUUUUCCGCCUUUUUGUGAAGUAAGAGAAAACUAAAAAAAAAAAAAAUGGUGUUAUUGCGGUAUCAACAAUGUGAAUGAGGAUUACCAUAUUGUAAAUGUUCUUUUUCCAUGUAAAUCAACUUGAUCUUUGUUAUCACUAAGUGAUAAUUAAAUUUUAACUUAUGUGCAUUGUUAGUCUGUUAGAAUUUUUUGGUUGUUAAAAUUAAACACAUUCAGUAAAUGA